AUGUUCUCGCACUGCACCGACCGGCGCUGGAUCCUCCUGGGCCCCCCCUGCGACCCCCCCCGGGUGCUGGCCCUGCGCAGCUCCGUGCAGGGCGCCAUUGGCCUGCAGAGGUCCGACAGCCUCCCCCGACGCCGCGGGGGGGCCCGGCCGGGACCCCCCCAACCCCCCCGGCCCCGCUCCCACCACGGCCAGGGUGCGCUGGAGGUGCAGCUGGACGCGGAGUCCUACAGUGCCUGUCUCAGACUGGCCGAACUGGAGCGCCGGGUCCGGGAAGCUUUGGCCGAGCGCGAGCGGCUCCUCCGCGCCAGGGAGGCCCGGAAAGUUGCCGAGGCCACGCCCACUGCGGACGCGCCCGUUUGCGAUGAGGCCACGCCCACUCCGGAGGAGGCCACGCCCACUCCGGAUGAGGCCACGCCCCCUACCGAGCCUGACCUGCUCUGUGCCCUGCGGGCCCGGGGCCACCGGCCCGAGGCUGUCGGGGGUCUGCGGAUUUUGGGGGGGUCCCUGAGGGGGCCCCUGACCAAAAUGGGGGGACGCAUCAAGACCUGGCGGCGCCGCUGGUUCCACCUGGACCCGCAGAGGAGGGUCCUGGCCUAUUACGGGGACCAGGCGCAGACGAAGCUCAAGGGCGUCAUCUACUUCCAGGCCAUCGAGGAGGUUUGGUACGACCCCGGGCGCGUGGCCGGGAAGACCUACGAGCGCCUGUUCUGGCUGGUGGCGCCGAGCGCCGAGGCGCUGCGCAUCUGGAUGGACGCCGUGCUGACGCUGACGCGCGGCGCCGCUGCCUUCUGA